AGGAUCGUACCGGAGGAGGAGGAGGAGCACGUUUCGAUGACUGCAGUGCCCGCUGCCGCUGGUUAUGUAGUGAACCGGGCUUGGGGCAUCUGCGCAUGGUUGGUAAUUCUGGCGUUGACAGUGAAGUGCGUGAACUGGAAGUUCUGGCUCGCGGAUAGGAUUAUGUUGACUUUCACGUUCACCGGUGACCUGGAAGACGGACCUGAAGGGGUGGUAUCGGGUAGGGGGGGGGGACGAAACAGUCCUUUCGGGCUGACUGUGUGCCCGCACGACCGAGAGGACACGACUAUUCGGGCUGCUGCGAAUGCUAGUAUGUGGAAGCACUCUGCAGAAGCUUGGCAUGGGCACGCUUUGACUUUUGCGAGGGAACGUUCCAGUCCCCGGAAACGUCGUAAUGUUCACAGAAGCGUGCUUCUCGGGGAGCGAGACUUGGCGUAGCUGAGUAGACGCCGGGACAAGACAUUGUGGUGGACGAGGUGGCAGACAAUUCGCAAUCCAACUUUUGGGUGCGUCGAGACUCCUAGAGCUGCAUCCUCAAAUUUCGUGCAGAACCGACGUUGACCAUGUGAAAUUCAGUUCUCAGGUAGAUAUAUUAGGCGAGUAAGAGGAAGAAACUCCAGGCGCUCCUUUUUUUUCCUGCCAAUACCCCCUCUCGCUUAGGGUUUCGUCUCUAUAAUUCCUUUUCAUGUGGCAAAGCUCUGUUGCAAUGUCACUCUUUCUUGUGCGCCUGCUGAGCGAACAAGUCAACCGCCUCUCUUUGGUAAGUUUUCUUCCCUUCUUGUUUUGUUGUUGAUGUUUUUCUUAUUGUGUUUGUAUAACAUGUGCUAUCAUUAACUCAGCCUGAGGUGCUUUUGCUAGGUGUGUGGUUUCUAGUCACUCUUGUAAGAAGAUGUUGUGAUUGUAUAAUCAUAUAUACAUACAUAUGGCUUGUUGUGCAAGUCCUUAGAUCGACUCAAAAAUCCAUGUUUUGAAGUUAAGCAAAGCUCAUCUUUUGAUAUAGGUUUUGGCCCUAACUUUUAUAAUAAAACUUAUAUACAUCCUAUUACUACCAAUGUAUAGCUUCCAUCAUUAAGAGUUGAUAUAAGUUUUAUAAAGAGAGAGACAUUAAGUAUAUUAUUAAGAAUCAAUAAUUUUUUUAUUUUUUAUUUUUUUUCUACUAAAAUUGUAGAGUUUAAGUAGGGAUUAGAAGAAAGUGAUAGAAUCUACAGAUCAUUGGAGCACCUUGAUGUUUAUAAAGGUGGACACACUUGGCUAUUAACAAUGUGUUUUGGCUAAAGGUAUAUGACUUGACCUUGGCAUUUAUUACAUAGAUUUAAGAAUGAAUAUAGUUUAUUUAUGAUAGUUUAUAGAAAAAAUAUAAAAGAACUUAUUAAUUAUAGUUUUUUUUAUCUAUAGAUAUAGGUUGCAAUUCCAGCAUGUCAUUGGUGUAGAUUUUAGAAUGAAAGAUGAGAUUGUUCUAUCGCUUUUGUUAGUUUAGCAUAUUGAUUGCUUUACUCAAUAUAUCUACUAAUUGAUUUUUUGUUUGAAAAAAUAGAAGUACGUAAAAAUAGAUUAAUUUCAUAAUAUCUUUUGAAGAAACUUCUUAGAAGCUUUAUAGAUGUCUCUAUGACUUUACACGUAUUUUUAGUUAAUUAUUAGACUUGAAACUUGAUCAACAAGUUAGCUACGUGAUACACGUCUUCAUAGUUUUUGGAAUAAGAUAAUUAUGUGGCACAUACA